AGGCGGAGAACAAUAUGGCGGAUGGCGAGGAACCGGAGAAGAAAAGAAGGAGAAUAGAGGAGCUGCUGGCUGAGAAAAUGGCUGUUGAUGGUGGGUGUGGGGACACUGGAGACUGGGAAGGUCGCUGGAACCAUGUAAAGAAGUUCCUCGAGCGAUCUGGACCCUUCACACACCCUGAUUUCGAACCGAGCACUGAAUCUCUUCAGUUUUUGUUAGAUACAUGUAAAGUUCUAGUCAUUGGAGCUGGCGGCUUAGGAUGUGAGCUCCUGAAAAAUCUGGCGUUGUCUGGUUUUAGACAGAUGCAUGUCAUAGACAUGGACAUUAUAGAUGUUUCCAAUCUAAACAGGCAGUUUUUAUUUAGGCCGAAAGAUGUUGGAAGACCUAAGGCUGAAGUUGCUGCAGAAUUUCUAAAUGACAGAAUUCCGAAUUGCAAUGUAGUUCCACAUUUCAACAAAAUUCAGGAUUUUAACGACACUUUCUAUCGACAAUUUCAUAUUAUUGUAUGUGGACUGGACUCUAUUGUUGCCAGAAGAUGGAUAAAUGGAAUGCUGAUAUCUCUUCUCAAUUAUGAAGAUGGUGUGUUAGAUCCAAGCUCCAUUGUCCCUUUGAUAGAUGGGGGAACCGAAGGUUUUAAAGGAAACGCCAGGGUCAUUCUACCUGGGAUGACUGCUUGUAUUGAGUGCACACUGGAGCUCUAUCCUCCUCAGGUUAAUUUUCCCAUGUGUACCAUCGCGUCUAUGCCCAGGCUACCAGAACAUUGUAUUGAGUAUGUAAGAGUUUUGCAGUGGCCCAAGGAGCAGCCUUUUGGAGAAGGAAUUCCAUUAGAUGGAGAUGAUCCUGACCAUAUUCAGUGGAUUUUCCAGAAAUCCCUAGAGAGAGCAUCGCAGUAUGACAUUAGGGGUGUCACAUAUCGACUCACUCAAGGGGUUGUGAAACGAAUCAUUCCUGCAGUAGCUUCCACAAAUGCAGUUAUUGCAGCUGUAUGUGCCACUGAGGUUUUUAAAAUAGCAACAAGUGCAUACAUUCCCCUUAAUAAUUACUUGGUAUUCAAUGAUGUAGAUGGGCUGUAUACAUACACAUUUGAAGCAGAGAGAAAGGACAACUGCCCAGCUUGUAGCCAGCUUCCUCAGAAUAUUCAGUUUUCACCAUCAGCUAAACUGCAGGAGGUUUUGGAUUAUCUAACUAAUAGUGCUUCUUUGCAAAUGAAAUCUCCAGCCAUCACAGCCACAUUAGAGGGGAAAAAUAGAACACUUUACUUACAGUCAGUAACUUCUAUUGAAGAACGAACAAGGCCAAAUCUCUCCAAGACAUUGAAAGAGUUGGGACUCACUGAUGGACAAGAACUGGCAGUUGCUGAUAUCACAACACCACAGACUGUGCUGUUCAAACUUCAUUUUACUUCUUAAAGGAAAAUAAAUUUGCAAACUCAUGGAAAUACUAUACUUUGUGGAUGCUAAAGAAAUUUAAUGUCACUUUUAGCAUUAGUGUUGCUGGAAUUUAAUUUAUAUAUAUAUAUAUGUAGACAACAAACUGCUCUUUUUUAAAACUUUGUAACUUUCCCUUGAAGACAGAAUUUUGGGGUUGUGGCCUGUAAGCAUUUUCAUUAAUGAUAAAAGAAGCGAUGCCUGGAAAGAUGAUGUACAAAUGAUUUGCUUCUCUUAGAAGAGAGAGGCAAACGUGCUCUUGUGUGUGAACUUUGUGUUAUGGUCAAAUAACGCAUUCCCAACUUUCAGUUGAGCACCUACAUAUACAGAAGAUGCCCCUUUAAAGAAAAGAAAGAAGUUAAGUUUUAAAUAACAUUGCACAUUACCACCUAUUUGAGACAUUGAACAUAGCGUAAUUCAAUGUUCAUUUAAUUGUGGCUGUCCAAAUUAAUAUAAAUGAUUGCAAAGGGUUAUCUUGUCUAUACUAAUAUGUAAACGGUGUAAUAGCUGAAAACUUGUGCAUGGAAAUGGGGAUAUUUUCAUGUCUUUAUUGUGCCAGAGAGGCCAGUGUACACAAUAUUAAAGCCAAGAUGUUUAAAAGAAUUUAAUGUUAUAAUAGUUAUCACUGAUGCUUUCACAUUAUUUAUUAAUAAAAUUAUAUAUUGU